AUGGAAAAACUGGACCAGACCAAUAACCCAGUCAGUCCCUACUACUUACACCCAGGGGAGAACCCAGGCACCUCCCUCAUAUCUCAGGUCUUGAAUGAAACCAACUAUACUUCUUGGAGUAGAAACAUGAGAAGGGCUCUCUUAUCCAAGAACAAACUAAAAUUCAUAGAUGGAGGCAUCACAAGACCCGAAAGAAGUGACAGUUUGUUUGAUUCUUGGGAAAGAAACAACAUGAUGGUGCUAUCUUGGAUCAUUAAAACCCUCUCACCCCAAAUAGCUGAGAGUGUGAUAUACGUAGAGAAUGCACAAGAACUGUGGGAAGAAUUGAAGGAAAGAUUUUCUAAAGGAGAUCACUUCAAAUUCUCAUAUUUACUCCAAGAAAUUCACUUCAUCAAGCAAGGUGAAAGGAGUGUGACCCAGUAUUUUACAGAUUUGAAAAUCUUGUGGGAAGAACUUGAAUUUCUAAGACCUAUUCCCAUUUGCAGUUGCAAAAUUCCAUGCAAAUGUGAUCUGUCCAAAGCAUCACAGAAAUACAGGGACAUGGAGCAUGUCAUAUGUUUCCUAAAGGGCCUAAAUGAAUGCUAUGAUACUGUUAAAACCCAGAUAUUGCUUAUGGAGCCUCUACCCAACAUUAAUCGUGUAUUUUCCCUCAUCAUACAACAAGAAAGACAAGGGAAAAAUGAUUCUAAUCAGAAUGACAACAAGGUUCUUGCAAGUGCCACUGAAAAGCAAAAUCAAUGGAAGAACAAUCAAGGUUGGAAGACUUAUGGACGUGGAAAUCCUCCCAGAAAUCAAGGAAGAUGGAGAGGGAGAAACCCCAACUACGGAAAACAGUGUUCCUACUGUCAUAAGAUGAACCACACCAUUGAUGAGUGUUAUUCCAAGCAUGGAUACCCACCUUGGUACAAAAAGAAUGACAACAGUAAUGAAAACAACACUGGACAGAGUGAAUGGGGGACAGCUAAUGUUUGUUCAACAUCUACUGGAGUGCAGACAAGUCAGCAAAAUGUCACUCAAAAUUCUUUCACUCAUGAACAGAUGCAAAAGAUACUGCAAAUGCUGGAGAAAGUUGACACCCCAUCUCACAGCAUCAGUCAAAUCCAGAAAGACAACACAGAGAAUGCACCAGGUAUAUUUUCAUGGAUCAUAGACACAGGGGCAACAGAUCAUGUAACCCAUGAUAAAAACCAGUUUACAACUUUCUAUAAAAUCAGUCCUAUAUCAGUGAAAUUACCCAAUAGUUCUACUGUCACUGCUCACUAUGCUGGAACCAUACAUUUCUCUAAAGAAUUUGUGAUUUUUAACGUUUUAUAUAUACCAGAAUUCACCUUUAAUCUCAUAUCUGUUCAAAGUCUCACUAGGGAUAUAACUGUACACUAA